CUCUGGACCCUUGUCAAGAGCCACGAAAUAAGACGCACGAUUUCUUUAGCGGUCUUUUUAGCUGCAGCUUUUUCCUUGACGGUGAUCCUGGCAGCGUGACGACAUCCAAUUCCCGGGGCCCCAUCGCAGUAAAUUAAUCCUUUCGGUUCGAUUUUUUGGGCAGAAGUGCUUGCAGCAACGCUUGAUUUUGAUCGCGGCCAGAUACUGUUCAACUGGAGAAUAGCAUACUUUUCUACGGGAGAUAGCCAUGGCGAAGAACGCUCCCCUUGGCCUCGCCGGCCUGGUCCUCAUCGCUGUUUCUCUCCUCUUCCUUUGGUUCAUCAUCCUCUCAGGCUUGACCUCUACCACGCCAUUCGACAAGACGUAUUUCCUCCGCGCAGACACAGGCGGUAUUUCGGGUGCUCGCGAAAUCACACAAUGGAACUUCUUCUACAUUUGCGGUGCCGGCAACAAUGACUGCGAUGGCGCCCGCGCUGCCCCCGUCAUCGGUUACGCCUGGGACUCAAAUCCACGUAAUGCGCCCAGCUCGCUCGUCGGUGGCCGUGCUGGUGAUACCACAUCGAACAGGCAGUUCUUCUUGUGGCGGUUCGGUUGGGUCUUCAUUCUCAUCACUCUGUUCUUCGAGACUCUCGCCUUCUUCACUGGCUUCAUUGCCUGCUGUGGCCGUCUCGGUGCUGGAAUCUCUGGUAUCAUGUCCAUGUUCGCCUUGUUCUGCUCCUCAGUUGCCAUGUCCCUGAUGACUGCUACCUGGGUUCUCGCUCGCAAUGCCUUUCACCGUGACGGCCGCUCGGCCUCCAUUGGCCGCUAUGCCUUUGGUUUUGCGUGGGCAUCAUGGGCCACUCUGUUUAUUGCUACCAUUCUCUUCUGUCUGGGCAUGCGUGGUGACAAGUCCUCAGGCGGGGGCUACAGCGGCCGCUCAUGGCGCCGUAGACGAAGUGUCCGCAGCAGCCAUGGCCCAGGCUAUGAGGGCCGCCGGGUUAAGGAUGACUAUUCCUAAACUGUUACCUGACAGCUGUCUGUUAGGACACAUCUCAGUGACUCUUCUGAUAUCGGGCAGAGCUCUGAGGGAUGACCACGAACAGCCGCAGUGAUCGUAUCCGUGACUGCCUCAAUGGUCGUUCGCGCACACGAC